CUUUGAGUUGACUUCUGAGAUACCAUAAGCCUCCCUUAUGCCUGUAUAGCCACUUCCUUGGCCUUCUCUUCCUUCCUUUGCUUCACAAUGUUACUGGAGUGAAAGGGGUGUGAGAAGAUUUCCACCUCAUGGAUUCCCAAACAUGUCUAAUGGAUAUCGUACAUUGUCUCAGCACCUCAAUGACUUGAAGAAGGAGAACUUCAGCCUUAAGUUGCGCAUCUACUUCUUGGAGGAGCGCAUACAGCAAAAGUAUGAAGACAAUAGAGAGGACAUCUACAGACAGAAUAUUGAGCUAAAAGUAGAAGUGGAGAGCCUGAAGCACGAGCUCCAGGAGAAGCAGCAAAGCUUGGAUAAACCAUGGACAGAAGCAGAGAACCAGAGCAAUAAAAAUGAAGCUGAGAUCUGUCAUCAACCAAAGAAUAAGCAUGUUUGUGAGACCCAGGAAAAAAAAAUCCAGACACUGCAAGAGGAGAUGCAGUCUGCAAAAACCAAAGCAGAGAGGAUGGCAGCCUUAGCUGAAGUUGAAAAGAAACACUGUCUGGAACUCAACAAGCAGCUGAUGGAGCUUUCUAAGAAGCAAGAUGAAAUUAAAAAAAGCCAGUCUGUUCUUCUGGCAAAGAAGGACAAGAAGAUUGAGGAGCUGAUAAAGAAUCUGAAAGAGAAGGAACAGCUCCUUGAGCUACAGUCCACAGAGGAACAGAAUCUGCUGCAGUAUUUGGAGGAACCCCAGGAAAUGAAAGUGCAGAAUGUGUAUGAGGCUAAUCAGCACCUAACUUACUGCGGUAUGUCAUUCAGCGAAGAGGAAACUGUGUUAAAUAAUACAGAAUUUAUGGAAAAAAUCAACUGGUCAAAUGCUAUGAAUAAGCAGCUGCAAGAUAAAUUGAAUGAAAUGAAUUUUGAAUUGAAAUCUGUCCAGCAAACAUCCAAGAAACAGAAUCACAUAAUCCAGAAGUUGAAUGAGACGUUGAAGAGCAAAGAAAAUGAGUGUGAAGAACUGAAUCAUGUAAUUCAGAAUCAGGAUGAGAGAAUAGUCAAACUACAAGACAUGCUACAUAAGAGCCAGCUUGGGCAAUUACAGAACUCAGAUGGCUGUUCUUCACUGCAACAGAAACAACAAAUAGCAUUUCUUGAUGUACAGAAUGCCCUUUUCCUCACUCAGUUGGAAGUGCAGCAACUGCAGUGGGCCCAGCAGCAAAAGGAUCGCCAGUUGGCUGAGACCAAAUGGACCAGCCAGUUUCUGGAGACAGCAUUGCAAGAAGAACAGCUACAAAAGGAAGCAGCUUGGAGACACAAUAAGGAGUUCUGUGCUACUCUUCAGCAGUUAAAAACAGAUCUACAGAACAAGAAUAUGCAAUGUUGUACUUUAGAAAAGGAAAAAUUGUUGGGGAUGCACAGAGAAGACCAGAAAAUUAAGCAUUUGACAUACAGACUAGCUUGCAAGGAACAGCUUCUACAGGAAUCUAAGGACCUCUUACAGUAUCAUCAGAAUUUGGACAAAAAUUCUACAACAGCUGAUAAAAUGGUACAGAAAUUGGAACAACUGAUUAAAGACAAAGAUGCUGCCCUGGAGCAAGCAGUAGAUGAGAAGUUCUCUGCACUCGAAGACAGAGAACAGCAACUGAACCAGCUUUGUUUGUCCAUGAAAGAGCAAGAUCACGAUCUGAAAGGACUACGCCAAGUUAUUUCCGGCAACAAGGCUACCAUCCAGUGCCUAGAGAGCUUGCUGAAAGCCAAGGACCUGGAACUGGAGAACCUGUUAGCAGCCAACCAGAAUUUGCAGUGGCUGAUCAAGAAUAUAGAAGCAAAAUCUUACAGAUGGCAAUCUGAACAAGUAGGGAUUAUCCAGCAGCUGCGUGACAGAAACAAAGAAGGAGAGACCCUUUCAGCAACACUGCUGUGCAAUCUGGAGCCUGGACAGAGGACCACUGUGGAAGCCUUGCACCUUAACCUUCAGCAGAAGGAUCAGAUCAUAAAAGAACUCCUAAGGGACAAGAGCCGGCAAGUUGUAGAACAAGUGGCUGAGCUCAAGGAGUUACUUCAGGCUCUGAACGCUAUCGAACAGCAAAGCCAUAUACAUUCCAAGAAGAUUGCACAGGCUCUAAUAGAGAGAAAUUGUGAACUGCAAGGCUUGCAUCAACAACUGAUUAGCCAAAUUCUUCAACAGAAAAUGGAGACUUCUACUGCUCAGUUUGUGCAAGAGGAGGACAUUAUUGAAGCACCAAGGCACGAACAUUCUAGCAAGAGUAUCCCAGCCAUGAUUUCUAACAGAGAUGACCAUGGAUCCAAGAAGGAUAAAGAUGUUUUGCAAACGACUACUAGACUUGAGAAGGAACUUAAUAAAGCAAAAGAGGAACUUGAAUUGUUGAUGCAAAAAGAAAGAGAAAGCAGACAGGAACUCUCUACUCUUCAGUCUGUGGUGGCUUCCCAAGAAGAGGAGCUGCAAGUUCAAGCCUCUGAUAUUGAAUCUCUUACUAGAAGCAUCCAGAUCAAAGAAGAACUGAUUAAGGAUUUGCAGAUGCAGUUGAUCGAUCCUGAAGAAAUGCCAGCAGUUGAACGACUUACUCAAGAAGUUUUGAUGCUUCAGGAAAAGGUAGCAAAAAUGGAAUCACAAGGACAGAAAACCAUAGGAAACAAGAGGCAGCAGCUGCUGGUGAUGUUGGAGAGCUUGGUAGCAGAGAAGAAUCAGCUGAAUGAAAUCCUGAAAGUAGAAAAGCAGCUCUAUCUCAAUUUGGUGAAGUUUCAUGCUAAUCCUGACAGCUCCAGACAAGAACAGACUCUUCAAGUAGAACUGGAGAAGGUCCAGGCACUCCGUGGACAGCUGGAAGAGGCCCUUGGAAGAAGCCAGGAGCACCUGAGCAGGCUGGAAUCAUUGGAUAGCAUAGGAGAUCUAACUGUAGCUGAGGAUGCUGAAGAUGCCAGCACUGAGUUUACAGAUAGUAUUGAAGAGGAAGUACAGCAUGGCGCUCACCUACAGAACGUUAAGAGAAAUCAGAUUGAUGACAAUCUGAUGGGCCAUUCCAGUUAUCCUGCUCUACCGACUUUGAAGAGCGAAAGCGACCAGCAGGUGAUGCUUCAUUCUCCAAAAUCUAUGGUUGAGCAAGUUUUGGAAGAGAAAAAGAAACUGGAAGAGGAGCUGCAGGAGCUCAAGGAGCAGAUUGAAGAAGCGGGGUUCUCUUCCAUAUCUCAGCUAAGGAAGGCCCUGCUAAGCCUUUGUCUAGAGAAUGCAGAGCUCAAGGAACAAGUUGGAGAAGCAAAGUUGUCAGAGGUUUGGGAGAAGGAGGAUGAAAAGGAAGAUGAAGAGGACUUGAGGCGGGAUAUCAAGAAACUGCAGGAGAAACUGCACACUUCAGAGAUUGUGAAUGGCCUCCUCAAAGAACAAUUGACUCUAAGCAACCAAGGAUGCAAAGGCACCUUCACCCACCAGAUGACAGCUAGCUUGGCUCUGACAAAUGAGCAGCUGCAGAUGGCCAAGCAGUGCAUUUGCCAAGCUGUCCAUGAUCAUUCACCAUCAUUGCACUGCCCACCCAAUCAAACUAAGGGCAGCCCAGAAGAAACUCAGGUUGAAGGAGGCAAAGUGUCAAGCAGCUUUGGGCAGAAGAACACAGAGUCAGCCCAGAGGUUCCAGUCUGAUCAGCCCCAGUGCAGGCAACAGUGCCACAAGUUACGAGACAGACUCUUGGUGUCGGAGGCCACCAUCCAGGCGCAGAUAGCCCAGCUCAAACAAUACAGAGCCCUGCUCAGUGAGCCCAUGGUACAGCAGGAUAACAAACAGAUACAAGUGGAUAUUCAAGACCUAGGCUAUGAGACCUGUGGGAGAAGUGAAAAUGAGGCUGACAGGGAAGAGACCACAAGUCCUGAAUGCAGAGAUCAUGAUGAGGAACUGAAGUAUUGGAAGAAACCACUGGAGGCCCCUCUAAACAGACUGGUAAAACACGAGACAUUCCUGGGUGUCAGCCAAUGUGAUGAUGCUGCAGUUCUCCACCAGCACAUUCGGGCCCUCCAAAUGCAAUUACAGAGUUCCCACAAAGUUAUCCAGAACCUGCAAAGUUGUAUGCGCUCUGUAUCCACUACUAGUGAUUAUGACUCUGUGGGUGAGCAGCCACUCAAACUGAAGCAAGGCUACACUCUCGGCAACUCUCCUUCCCACAGUAUGACUGAUGAAGAUGAAGGCUGGCAAUCUGACAGCUUUGGAACUUUCUGCCCACCAAGUCUUCAGCCCAACAAAGAUUUGGCCAGGCUUAUCCAGAGAGUAUCCCUGCUUGAAGCUCAUCUGAGUGAGACUAAGCCAAAGCUGCCUUUGCCAGAGGAAUUGAAAUGUACAGCCUCCUUGGGGAAAUAUGACUCGUUAGUCCAAGCUCAGGCUCGGGAGCUCUCCCAUCUGCGCCAGAUGAUGCGGGAGGGACAAGGCGUGUGUCAUAUGCUAAACCAACACUUCAAGGACACCAUCAAGUCCUUUGAAGAGCUUCUGCGAGGCACUGACAUUGACUACUACUUCGGGCAGAGCUUCCGUGAGCAGCUGGCAGAAGGGAACCAGCUGGCAGGACGAUUGGCCAGAAAACUGAACCAUAGGAAUGAUCUAAACAUGGAAGACAAAACAAGUCAUGAAUUGCUUAUGAUGAGGAUGAGCAAGGAGCUCCAGGAGAAGGAACAAACCAUCAAGACUCUCCAAGCAAAACUGCAAGAGCGCUCAGUGACACCUUCCAGUAGCCCCACUAUAUCUGAGUCACCCCGCUCUCAUAGCAGCAUCUCCUUCCUCUCUGAUGGCCCAGAUGUCUGCUCUGAUGUGGAUGACCUUAUCGAAAAUAAUAUAAGUGAAGGCCAAGUCCACAACCUCCUAAACAAAGAUCUUAGCAGUCAAUCUGGCAAAGCUCCUGCACAGCCAACUUGCUCAACUGCUGCAGCUACAUCCCACGCUACUCCAACAGAAUGCCUCUCAACAAGUGGCUCCCUGCAUCCCUUGCAAAUUACCAGCCGGGCUUCAAGAGGCUUUCAUGCUGAUUCCUUGUCCAAGCCAACAGGUUUGCCUUUGGCUCCACUGGACUCAGAACCAUCCUCCUGUGUGUCUUUGGGACCUCCUUCUUCAGGCCCAAGGCCCUUGCUUGGCUGCUGCAGAACACCAGCCUUCUCCCUGGCUGAGGCACAGCAGGAGUUGCAGAUGCUGCAGAAGCAGCUUGGAGAAAGUGAGCCCCUUGGCCUUCCUGGCCCAGCACCCCAUCUGUCAUGUGGCCCAAUUAUCUCCUCCAAAAACAGCCCUCAGGCUUGCCACCAGGUUCCUCACUUGUUUCAUAUGCAAAAUUCUGCUGAUUGGAAGACUAAAUCUAAGGAACAAUUGGAGGAGAGCUGCAUCCCUUGGUGUACCCAUCCACUCAGACAGUCUCAGGAGGGACUUGCCUCUGUAUCAUGUUGUUCACCAGCUCUUCCUACCCAGAAACUCUUGAGUGCUGACUUUCUAGCAGAACACAUGUUUGAGAUUCGAACUCUCUGCCAGCACCUACAGAAGUCCAUCUACACCAAUGACCAUUUGCGGGAGCAACUGGAAACACACCUCACCUCAGUGGCAAAGAACAAUGCAUUGGAGCACCUGCAGAAGGCUUUGCUUGCAUCGCAUCUGGAAGUCCACGAUGGCAAGGUGCAGCUGGAAUGGCAGCGGAUUGAGCAGCAGCGACUACAGGAAGAGAUCCAGGGCAAGCAGCAAGACCUUGUGCUGCUUCGAAAGGAGUUCCUGGCUUUACAGAUGAACAAUUCCAGGCUUCAACACAGAGUGAUGAUGCUUCAGCAGCAGCGUGAAGAAAACAGAGUGCUCUUCCAGACCCAACAGGCUGAAUUACGUGUCUAUGAAGCACAGUAUGGCCCACUGCAAAAUGCAGCCUUUGGUAUGUCGCAUCAGCCGCUGCUGGCAGAAGGUGCCAAGAAACAAGGAACCCAUGUCAUAGGAUACCUUCAGGACUACAAUACUCUUAUGAAACAGAUUUUCGAUGGCAAGACUCUGAUCCACCAGAUGGCCUCAAUCCUGCAGCCUGGUCUGAAACUACAGGACAACACAGUAACUGGGAAGAUUUUCUGCCAAGAAAACAUCAGGAAAUUGCUUGUCCAUACUAGUUCUUUGCACCAGAUCCUGGAGAAGUCCACUUCCCUCCUUGCAAUGUUUUGGAGAGCAUCACCUCCCAUGCCUCGCAUUUCAGCCCCAGAGCAGUCAGUAGCUGAAGAAAUCCAAAUACUCAGAGCCAAGUUGGCUGAGCAAGAGAACUGUGUGCAGAGUGCUAACCGUAUUCAAGGAAGUAUGGAGAACUUCAUUCUCACUCACUUGACCGGGACAUACAAUGUGCUGAAGAAAGCAAGGAUUAACCUGGAGGGCAUGUCCCAGCAGCCUAAACCCAUUUCUUCCACUGGCCAUUGAAGAAAUGGAUCCAUCCACAUGGCCAGAAGCAAAAGACGGAGAAAGAAAAAUAGAUCCAGCGUUAACUCCUAAUCCAUCUAAGCUGAGCAGCAGAAUGAGCCUGCUUAAGACUGCCAAAUCACCAUUGCACAGGAGGUCAUGGAUUCUGGAAUUCAUCCCAGAACCUCACCACCACCUUGGCUACCAGCUCUGGCUAGUGUAGUGUAAAUGGCACACAAGUUUUUCAACAUAUGCUCUGCUGCUGGACUCUGUGGGAAAUUUACUUGGAAAUGCUCCAGACAUCAGUGCAAUAUGAUAACUAGACUAACGCUAUGUAUAUGGUGUGUACAAAUACACACACAGACUAGACCACAGCCACACAUGCUGCUGUCGGAGAGAAGGGUGCUCUAAGAAGGGCACCCUCAGAGAGUGGGCUCCACAGGUGCCCUAGUCUUACCAUCUGAUUCUUUGGAGUAUGUUUAUGCUGUUAAGAUUAGCAAAUGGAUAUAUCUGCUAUGAUGACGAUAAUGAUUUCUACCUUCCUUCAAAGGACUAUGACCUCAAUAUAUUCUUGGCAAGUGUAAUCUUGUUGGUCUGACAAUUAGGUGCAUUUAGCCACCGAGUCAUCUUUUUUCUCUGGUUAUCUGAAUUCCUACCACCGUAAAAAAAACAA